CUCUCUCUCCCGCUCUCUCUCUCUCUCCAUCUCUCUCUGCAGUCACACGUGAACCCCUUUGCGCGAUUAUCCGGCAUCAGAGGUGUCACAGUGGUCUGUGCAGUGUGCCAACAGAGUCAGUCCACCGUGAGCUUUCCUGAGGAAUGGCCUCUGAACGGAAUGAAACCAACACCACCAGUAAUCUCACAAACCAGUUCGUGCAGCCCGCGUGGCGCAUCGCGCUCUGGUCGGUGUUGUACAGCACUGUGCUGGCUGUAGCGGUUUUCGGAAACUUAAUCGUGAUUUGGAUUAUUUUGGCGCACAAGCGGAUGAGAACUGUCACCAACUACUUCUUGCUGAACUUGGCUUUCUCUGAUGCGUCUAUGGCUGCCUUCAACACGCUGAUCAAUUUCAUCUACGCGGCGCACGGAGAGUGGUACUUUGGAGAGGUCUACUGCAGGUUUCACAACUUCUUCCCUGUCACCGCGGUGUUCGCCAGCAUCUACUGCAUGACAGCCAUAGCGAUAGACAGGUAUGAGAGGUCCAUGUCCAACAGAUGUCAUCAAAGUGACAUGAAGUUUCUCCCUCUGUUCCCUUUAAAAGUGUCCUCAUGCUUCACUGUAUUAAUAUCCUGAUAGAUUUUACAGUUGACAUUUAAAUUUGUUUCAGUUGUAUUUUAAUGAAAAAGUCUUACCAGUGUUGUAGAGCCCUGCUUAAUUUGUGCCUUUUAGUAAGAUUUGCACACAGUCAAUCUCUGUCAAUAACAGCAGUGUGACUUAAAAUGAUUGUAUGGACUCAUGACUUGAAAUGCCUCUUAAGUUUUUCAAAAUAAGUCAGAACAUUUUCUGAGCAUCUGAGUCAUUUUGAAAACAGCUUUGGAUUUUUCCUUGCUUGACGAUCAUCUGAUUGUGAGUGAGUUACUGUGACCUAUUCUUCACGAUCCAGCUGUAAUAACAGCCAUGCCAUAAACCAAGUUUAUUACAAACUGUGGAGCUCGAACACAUUAUUAUGUCUCACACAGUGAAGUCUUUAUCUUCAUAUGUGCGCCGACUCGGCCAUUAGUACAUGUUGAUUUAUAAGGCUAUUCUUCAGAUGACUCCAUCUUAUUUAUUUUUCCUUUUAAUCUUGAAUGAUAGGGCCUAUAGUCUGCACUCCCAGGACUUUUAUCAUUUUUACUGUUCCCAAGGUCAGAACAGAAAUGGAGAAGAAAGCGUUUAGAUUUUCUGCUCCGAGUGCAUGGAACAUCUUGAGAUCAGAUAUGAUUCUCUAAGGUCUGGUAUCUCUCCAAAUCCAUGAUAAACUCCAUUACAUCCAGGCUUCAGGAGUGCAAAUGUUUUAUUUGAGUGCAAAUGUUUGACGAAUCUUGUAAAUUCUUUUAUUUUAACUAAUUUGGAAAAUUCAAUUAUUUGUAUUCUUUGCAUUGUAUAUGAUUAAUGCGAUUAUGUAUUGGAACUAUAUGUGCUGCAAUUCUUGGCCAGGUCUCUCUUGCAAAAGAGAUCUUGGAUCUCAAUGGGACAAACCUGGUUAAAUAUAGGUUAUAAUAAUAAUAAGAACAAUUACAUUAAAUAUAAUCGAUCAAAAAUGUUGUGAGGUGUAAUUUUUGUAUUCAUAAGUCAGGCUCAUGCUGUGACCUCUAUCCUGCAGGUACAUGGCCAUCAUCCACCCCCUGAAACCCCGUCUGUCAGCGAAGGCCACCACAGGAGUCAUCGUGUGUAUCUGGAGUCUGGCCGUGGUCCUGGCCUUCCCUCUCUGCUACUUCUCCACCAUCCGAACUCUGCCUCGCAGGACCCUCUGCUAUGUGGCCUGGCCCCGCAUGGCUGACGACUCCUUCAUGUGAGAGCAAACUCGUCCUCAUCCUCAUCCUCUGAUCCUUUGUCUUUAUACAUUUGUCAUCAAAACACUUUGGUUCAGUUUUUUCUUUCGUCCACUUCUGCAGGUAUCAUAUCAUAGUGACAGUUCUCGUCUAUUUGCUGCCUUUGGUUGUGAUGGGCAUCACUUACACCAUCGUGGGAGUGACUCUGUGGGGAGGAGAGAUCCCAGGAGACUCAUCUGAUAACUAUCACGGACAGCUCAGGGCAAAGCGGAAGGUAAAAAGCGCAUUUAUCUCUAUUCAUGUGAUUUUUUGUUCAUAGGUGGAAAAUACAUUCAAAUUAGACAUUGCACUUUAUAGAGCAUUUUAUAGUUUGAAUUCAACUCCCAGGUUAACAGUGUGUGAAACAAUUAGUCACAGUAACUUAAAGAGCAUGUAUUCUGAUCUUAGUUUGUCUUACCUUUUCUUGUUUUACUGACACCACUUUUUUUUUGUUAUCACUAUUUUUAUGAGGACCUCUGAAUGGUAUUUUGGAAGCUAACAUUAAUCCCAAUCAACAAUCCAGAUUAUUAAAAGAAAUGCAAAACCUAGAGCUAGUGUUGGCAGGUCACAAACUGACCUCAGUUUGGUUGAAAAGCAUGUGCACACCGAGAGCCUUCAAGAAAUGUUACAUAAAAUAUUAGAUAACCUCAGUUCUUAAAAAUGUGCAAAAGACUCACAAGGACAAAGAUCCAAAGAUGAGUAUCUGUGGUAAAAAAUAAAACACUUCAGACCACAUUUAUCCGUUUGGUUCUGUAUCCAACCUGCAUUGAACCAUCUUUGAUGACAAAAACAAAGAAACAAUCUAAUUAUUAUCUUUCUAGAGCAUUACAAUCAGAAGCCAUAAUGAUCGAGGUUACAAAUAAUAAGAUCAUUGUGCUAAACAGGGAAGAGAAACAGCACCGAGUGCAAUCAACACCACCUAAACACAGCCUCACUCAGGUGUCAUGCAGAAAAUCAAACACUGUCUGAAACCGUGGACAAAGGAAAAGGACUCAGGGUGGAGGGAGUGCAGGUUUUCUUUUGUGAAGUUGUAUAUCUUCGUGUUGUCACAAUAUGUAGAAGAAGUGAAAAGUAUCCACAGAGACUUGUUCCACUUUGUGGACGUCAUUGGUCAGUCAGCUCAGUGGGCUCCACUGCAGCUACUGUGAGGAUCUAGUUACACUGGGAUUAAGGUCAUCACUGCUGUACUGACGAGCAUCUAUCACGACAGCCGUGGAUUAAUGCUUAAGAAUACAAUUGUUUGGUAAAACAUCACAAAUACUGCAUGUUAACAUAUUAGAUUUGACUAAAAGUGUGCAGGGGUUAGACUCUGGUAGAUUUUGUGAUUAGAAGAUGUCCAGGAUUAAAUUUUAGGAACAUGUUUAACAAAUUAUUUCCUAGAAAUGGAAUUUAGUGGCCAAAUCCUCUUCAGCUUUAGGGACAACUUAAAUUUGUACUUUAAAAUUAGCUCAAUAACUAAUCUAAACUGUAAUGUAAAACAAACAAAAAAAACUGAAAUUAGAUUUAUCUGAGUAAACUUAAUAUGUUUCAACACAACAGUCACACAUUUACACAAACAUGGUUCAUAUUCAGUGCACCAAAAAAAAAAAAAGAGACAUACAGAUGCACAGGUGCAGAUCUGCCAUUUACAAUCUUUUGAGGGCUCUAUUGAAAAGAGUCAUCAGAAGGACAGAUUGCUGGCUAAAUUGAGCUGCGGCUGAUAAAAGAGAUCCAUGAAUGUCAGGAAACAAAGCUACAAGAUAAUAUCAGGCCUAAUUCAAAGGCCCACACUGACAAAAUGUCAUCUGGGCUGGAGAUAAGAGGAAGUAGUUCUCAUCUCCGUCCUCCAGAUGAGCUUCUGCUGGGGUUAUAAUAGCCAGCUGCUCUUUUUUUUAACCCCAUAUUGUGCUGCUCUCUCAGCCUCUCCACGUGGAACCUGCUGCGUCUGCUGCGUCAUCACUGACCUUUUCUUCUCUUUCUCUUUUUCUUCUUCUUCACAUGGCAGCCAUUUUGGUUCUGGUAGUGGAAUUACUAUUGUGGAGAGGAUGAAGGAAACAGCCAACUUACUUCUCACUUCAGAACAAUGUGGAUAUGAAAAGCUACUGUGGCUUUAUGUCAUCAAAACACAGUCUAAUUGCUAUGAAAGAAAGUUUUCGUUUGUACAUUUGAUUUUUCUCUCGUUGACGAGGCCAAACUCUGCGCCGGGAGGACAUUUUUAGAAUCUUAAGAUGAGCGGAUAUCAAAAAGAAUUACAUCUGAAAUGAAAUUAUAUUUAAAGUGUGUAACUCCUCAUGCUGAAUUGAUGUUUUCCUGUAAAAGAUGAAUCACUGAUUGUGUCCAAAAAUAGACAAUGACUCUCCACCUCCUCCUAUUCCUCACUAAGAAUUAAAAUUGAGUUUUGAGCUGAGAUUGGGAAUUGAGGAUGGAAAUAAAUUGCUCUCACUUUUUAGUGCUGGUUAAAAGAUGAGCAGCAUCAUUUUGGACUAAUUUUAGAUGAAACAGUGAGGCCUGGUUAUCUCACUUCAUGUUUGUGAUUUUGUCUCUUUUGGCAAGACCCAGCCUAGCUUGUUCUUCAGAUAAAUUCCUGUAUUUUCUGAUUCUGUAGUUUUCCUUUUCUUGCAGGCUGUGAAGAUGAUGAUCAUUGUGGUGGUGACCUUUGCCCUCUGCUGGCUGCCUUAUCAUGUGUACUUCAUUGUGACGGGUCUCAACAAGAGUCUGAGCAAGUGGAAAUACAUCCAGCAGGUUUACCUGUCGGUGCUAUGGCUGGCAAUGAGCUCCACCAUGUACAACCCAAUCAUCUACUGCUGCCUCAACAGCAGGUGAGUCGAAUAAAAGCCUCCUAAAAAGAGCAGAAAUAUACAGAUUUGUGGUUAAAAACUGUGUAAAUCUGUGGUUUGUCUGGCUGCAGAUUCAGGGCUGGUUUUAAGCGGGCUUUCCGCUGGUGUCCCUUCGUGCGGUUCUCUUCCUACGAUGAGCUAGAGCUUCAAAACACAAGACUUCGGCCAGGAAACCAGGGCAGCAUGUGCACCCUCUCUAGAGUCGACACCAGCAUCCUCAGCAAAGACAAGAGUCUUUGUUCCCACGGCAACAGGUCAAGACUCAAUUCUGAGCCCAACAAAAGAAUCAGUUAGUUCAUUUACUAUCUUAACGUGUGUUACAGAUUAUUGACUCUUAUGUUGAGCUGACGUAUGCUCUCACAGUUGUCUUUUGUUUACAGAGUUGUUCAGUGUUGAUCUGGUUGUCACUACUCCAGAGAUUUUGAAUCUGGUAGGAGGAGCAGGAGUGUGAGUAUCCUGCAUGAAGUCAAAGAACAAAGACAAAACCAGAUAAAAUUAGGAAAUAGUGUUUUUGUCUUAUAAUCUGAUCCAUUCAGGCAGCUAAUGACAAGGUGCUUCAAGCCAGUUUGAACAUGCAGAGGCGAAACACAUCUAAUUUGAAACGAGCACUCCUGGGUUCUCCGAAAUCAUUUGACCUCAAAACAUCACAUUUGGACUUUUUUCUUAAGGUCAGUGGCAGCCAGUGAUGUUGGUACAUCAGUCCAUCCACACACUGAAAACAGGAACUGCAUACAGCCUGGCUAAACUGGCAUACUUUUUAUGGUGCUGAUUUAUUAAACAUAAACAAAUACAGGCUGAAGAAAGAGGCUGUAGCUGUCAUCCCCAGGAACUGUAAUCCAGGGUUUUUAUGGCUGCACAGGGUCUGCAGGUCUCUACAGCAGAGGGAGCAGUUCACACAGUGGUUAAUUCAAUAAAAAUGAUUUUAUUCUUAGUGUUAAAAAUGAUUAAAAAUGAUUUAUUUAUGUACAGCCUUAUUCUGGGGGAUUAUACGUCCUGAAUUAUAUUUUGAGUCUGUUACUGUAAAUAGAAAAAAGUCAAAGCAGGAAGUAAAAAUUGUGCUCUCUCUGUCUUUGGUGUGAUUUCUUCUGACUCUGAUGAUCUAAAAAUUUGACAUACCUUUGUUUUGAACCCUGGUGGAAAGCCCAGGCAUGAUAGUAGUGUGUUUAUUUUCAAUGUUAUGGAUAAAUAUUGUAAUUUAUUUGAUGGAUACACUCAUAGUACCUGACUGAGCUCAUUGCGUAUCCUCUUCUGUCUUUGUGAUGAUUGUUUUUAGGAUGUUUCUUUGAGAUGCUGAGUCAGCAUCAUGAACUAAGUACUUAAGCUGCUUCUGGCAUUUUAUUUAAUGUUACGUGCUGCUAUUACAUAACAUGGCAGUGAGUGCAUCUGAUGAAAAGCUGUGGUCAUAUAUGUAAUGUCAGUAUUAAUGCUGCUUAACCAGCAUUAAUACUCUUAGAUCUGUUCAUGGACGGGAAUAUCAUAUGAUCUGGGCUGGAUGCCUCAUACUGAAUGUAAUUUCACAAGUGCUUACAGCUGUAAAUCCAGUUAGUCAGAGGUUAGAGAAACCAUGUGCCAUUAAAAAAAAAAAUGGUGAUAUGUGAGAGUCACUGUUUACCGUUAUCGUGAUUCUUGAAGAGUGCAAAAUAUUCUUUUUGUGGAAAGUCAACUCAAAGACAUGUAUUGUAUGGCUUUUAAAGUGAAAAAAAAAAGCUUUUUUUUCUUGUAUUAUGUUGUUAAAUACAUAAAAUGCUGGUUUCCCUAGUUUGUUGUUUUUCAUUGUGAGUGGAUUGUGUGUAAUGUCAACAGCAUCCAAUCAGAAAAUAUUUGUCGCUGUCAUCCUGCAGAGCAGUAAGCAUCAAAAAUACACUGCCUUUAAUCAUAGUCAGAAUCUGAGGGGAUUACACUAGUGUUAUCUUUAUAUAUUCAAUGUCCACUCAGACACAGCCUUUAUAUUCUCAUAGGUGACUGUGUUUUAUUCAAUAUUAAUUCACCUCAGUAUCACCUGACACAAGGAAAUAGAGAUGGGAUAUGUUUGCAGUCUGACAUCUGACACCUAAAAAACUCUCCGCUGUUCCUUUUGUGGCAUAUAAAACCAAAGUCACUCCAUAUUCAAGAGACCCAAACCUGAAGUGUGCCAUGAUCACCAUGUUGGACAAAUAAACUUUCUUUAAGAAGUGAGGGGUGGCUGACUAACAUGUUUGUGGUGUCUUCUGAAAUACAACUUAUAAAGUCAAAGACAGAGGGAAUAAAUCUCAUUAAAUGUGUUAUGAAAUAUUUCAAUUUGACAACCCCUCCCUAACUCACUGGCACCAUACCUUCCUCUGCAACAUGAUGACAACCCUUUUUUUCCACGUGUCAUACCCAAACCCUGUGCACUGCAGGUUAACGCCCUCUUCCUAAGGGUCACACCCAGAAAUACUCAACUUAGCAACACAAGAAACACAGACAGUCAUUCUUGUAUUUCUGUGGAAUAACAUGUAAAAGCUUAAGAUCGUAUAAGAAUAUAAUUGCUGAAUGCAGUUUAUGCUGGUAUUACUGAUCUGUCCAAAUUCCUGUAUGGUGAUUUAGGAUGUGUGGUUGUAUCAGAGCCUUUAGCUGUGAUCCUUUGUUUAAUCCAUUAAAUUUUAUUAAAAUGUUAAA